AAAUACUAGGCUAGGUAUCAGUACUCUCAGUUUUGUUACGUCUCGUCUAGUGAAGUACGAAUUAUAAUUUAGUCAAAAUGGGGUUGAAAUUUGGAAAUCUUAAACGGAUGUCUGGUAUUACAUAUUUUCGCCUCAGCCCAUAUGAACAAAAAGCUUUUACUGGAAUUGUUGAUGGUGUUAAUAGAAUGGCAUUUCGAGCAAUGUCACAUUUUCUUCGAAUUGGACCCUUUUUUCUUGGAGGCUAUAUGUUAAGAGAAUGGGCAUGUGAAGAAAAUUAUAAAAUGCACCGAAAGAACCCAGAAGAUUAUGCAAAUGACGUGUAAGAAUUUAACAUUUAAAUGUGUAGAUUUAUGUAUUAUUAAAGAUAAAGUACAAUGUACAAACAGGAAUAAAACUGGAUAGUAAUUUAAGAAA